GUUGCAGCCACACGGAUGACGCAGCCGCCCACGAUGCAGCGACAGGCGAUGGUGAGGCUGAUGCGCCCCCUGCUCCCCCUGCUGCUGCUGACGUCAGUGGCCGACGCCUCACCCUUUACGAGCUAUCAGAACCAGCGCUUCGCGAUGGAGCCGCAGGACCAAACGGCCGUCGUGGGUGCCCGCGUCACACUGCCCUGCCGCGUCAUCAACAAGCAGGGCACCCUGCAGUGGACCAAGGAUGACUUUGGGCUGGGCACGUCCCGAGACCUGAGCGGCUUCGAGCGCUAUGCGAUGGUCGGCAGCGAUGAGGAGGGCGACUACUCGCUGGACAUUUACCCCGUGAUGCUCGACGACGAUGCGCGCUACCAGUGCCAAGUGAGUCCCGGGCCCGAGGCCCAGCCAGCCAUACGGUCGACAUUUGCGGGGCUCACGGUGCUCGUGCCGCCAGAGGCGCCAAAAAUAACCCAAGGGGAGGUCAUCUACGCGACGGAGGAUCGCAAGGUGGAAAUCGAAUGCAUCUCGGUGGGCGGCAAGCCGGCGGCUGAGAUUACGUGGAUCGAUGGCUUGGGCAACGUGCUGACGGAUAACAUUGAGUACACGGUGAUGCCGCUGCCCGAUCUGCGACGCUACACGGCCAAGUCGGUGCUGCGGCUGACACCCAGAAAGGAGCACCACAACACGAACUUCACAUGCCAGGCCCAAAACACGGCAGACCGCACAUAUCGUUCGGUGAAAAUACGUGUCGAGGUGAAGUAUGCGCCCAAAGUCAAGGUGAAUGUGUUGCCAGCAGGAGCAGGAGCAGGAGGAGGAGCGGGAGGAGGAGCGGGAGCUGUCGGAUCAAUCAACCAACGCAUUGUGGAGCAUUCUCAAGUGCGACUCGAGUGCCGGGCCGAUGCCAAUCCCAGCGAUGUCCGCUAUCGUUGGUACAUCAACGACGAACCAAUUAUUGGCGGUCAAAAAACUGAGAUGAUCAUACGCAAUGUGACGCGCAAGUUCCACGAUGCCAUUGUCAAGUGUGAGGUGCAGAACUCUGUGGGCAAGAGCGAGGACAGCGAAACUCUGGACAUAAGCUAUGCCCCCAGUUUCCGGCAACGUCCGCAAUCCUUGGAGGCAGACAUUGGCAGCGUGGUCUCGCUCAGCUGCGAGGUGGACAGCAAUCCACAGCCGGACAUUGUCUGGAUCCAGCACCCAAGCGACCGAGUGGUCGGCACCAGCACAAACCUCACGUUCAGCGUGAGCAACGAGACGGCCGGACGCUACUAUUGCAAGGUGAAUGUGCCGGGCUAUGCGGAGAUCACAGCGGAUGCCUACGUCUACCUGAAGGGUUCUCCGGCCAUCGGCUCGCCGCGCACUCAAUACGGACUGGUGGGGGACACGGCGCGGAUCGAGUGCUUUGCCAGCAGUGUGCCGCGGGCACGUCACGUCUCCUGGACAUUCAAUGGGCAGGAGAUAAGCUCCGAGUCGGGGCACGACUACUCCAUUCUGGUGGACGCAGUGCCCGGCGGUGUGAAGAGCACGCUGAUCAUACGGGACAGCCAGGCGUAUCACUACGGCAGGUACAACUGCACGGUGGUCAAUGACUAUGGCAACGAUGUGGCGGAGAUCCAACUGCAAGCGAAGAAGAGCGUCUCCCUGCUGGUCACCAUUGUGGGUGGCACUUCGGUGCUGGCGUUUCUGCUGCUGCUCACCAUCGUUGUGAUCGUUUACUUGCGCUGCAAGAAGCGCACCAAGCUGCCACCAGCGGAUGUCAUCAGCGAGCAUCAAAUCACGAAGAAUGGCGGCGUCAGCUGCAAGCUGGAGCCCGGGGAUCGCACCUCCAACUACAGUGAUCUCAAGGUGGAUAUUUCGGGCGGCUAUGUGCCCUACGGGGACUACAGCACACACUACAGCCCACCGCCUCAAUACUUGACCACUUGCUCCACCAAGUCCAACGGCAGCUCCACCAUCCUGCAGAACAAUCAUCAGAACCAGCUGCAACUGCAGCAGCAGCAGCAGCAGCAGCAGCAGCAGCAGCAGCAGCAUCAGGGUCACCAGAGUCAUCAUCAUCAUCAGACCGCUCCAGGUCAGAGUUUGCCCAUGACUUUCCUCACCAACAGCAGCGGUGGCAGCCUCACGGGCAGCAUCAUUGGCUCCAGGGAGAUACGACAGGAGAACGGUCUGCCCAGUCUGCAGUCCACGACGGCCUCGGUGGUUAGCUCCUCGCCAAAUGGCAGCUGCAGCAAUCAGAGCACCGCCACAGCCACUGCCACCGCCACCGCCACCGCCACCACACAUGUGGUGGUGCCCAGUUCCAUGGCCUUGAGUGUGGAUCCGCGCUACAGCGCCAUCUACGGUAAUCCAUACUUGCGCUCAUCCAACUCAUCGCUGCUGCCGCCACCCACAGCGGUCUAAGCGGCAGAGGCGGAAUGGAAGCCACAGCCCACUCGAAGACUGAUCUCAAGGGACACGGCAUCCUGGAUCGUUCAAUGGGGUAAGGACUUAGGGGCUGUACGACGCGCCCAUUGGAAGAUUUCUUUUCUUUUUCAGCAACCAAAAAUUUGAAUCAAUUAACUUAAAGAUAUUGCUUAGGGACAGACAGAGAGAGAGAGAGAGAGAGAGAGAGAGAGAGGUAGAGAGAGAGAGCGAGCGCUCUCCUAGGUAAGACACACACAUCCUUGGCUUGCAUUUUGCACUUCAAUUUCCUGCCGUUGCUGGGAUCCCCCAACCCUAGGCUAAGCGCAGUUCUAACUAAACAGAGACUAAGCUUCAAAGCAAAACAGUGUUAGGCAGCAACAGAGAGACAGUGUUGGGAAAUGACUUUAAGAAAGAGAAAAUACGCGGCAGAGCGCGGGCAUUUGUUGCGGGGCUUUCAAUUUGUAUAAUUUAAAUGGAGGAAUACUCGACAAAAAACACACAAUCCAAGCUCUCAUUUUAAACUUUUUUAUAAAUAUUUUAUAUGUUGUUUAUAUUGUUAAAUGAAUUCUCUAGGUGUGAGCUACUUUUUGCCACAAUUUCUACGUUCGGUUUUUGCAUCUUAAAUGCUCCCAAAUAUCCUUUAAUAAGUCCAACUAAUAUCUUUCAGAAAGUGCUCAGAACAAGUUGCUCCUCCAAACAAAUGCCCAAGAAAUGCGCAAAAAAAAAGAAUGAAAGAAUGAAAGAAAAAUGUAGAGUAGCCGCCGCAGCAUAAAUGUAUGCUAUGAAAAUGUGCGGAACAUAAAAGUAUGGACAGAGAGACAGCAAAUGCAGUAGCCAUUAAGCAAAAACAUAAAAAAAGUAAAAAUGCCAAAGUACCUGAUAGUAUUUAAGUAGAGUGAAAGCCAGCGACACUCAACAAUUACAUUUUGAAAAAAUUAAUUCUAUUACAUAAAUAAAUAAAUUUCUUUUUUUUUUUUGAAGACUAAGCCUAGAGGUUAAGUUUAAAGUAUA